AAUCUAUUGACUACUCUCAUCAAUUAUCCGCCACCAACAACGUCAACCUAAGUAACUAUCGCUUGCGAUCGAACAACAUCCUACCCACCGAUUUACACAUGGAACCCCACGAUGCCCCAAAUAUUUCCUUCUCCCAAAGCUCUCUCGACAUAUCAUUCAUGUCUAUUAAGACACCCUGCCACGAAUCACUGGAAAUCAAAUGGUCAUUCUCGAAUGAACACCCGUCAUGUUCCGAUGGAUGAUGUUGUGCAGCCAUGCGUCGAAGACGGGUCGGGUGUCUAG